UUCCCCUGACGAUCACAUGGUGCAGUCAACGGUGGUGGGCGGGGCUUCUCCUGUCCAUUACGUCGUGGCGCAGGGAAUGCUGGGAAUCGCACAGUCCCGCCAAUUUAAAAAAAAACAAUUUUUCUGUCGGGGUCUGGAAUGAUUUUUGAUGCUCUGAUGCAUAUUUCUGUUGGUCUAACUUGUUGACGUAAUCAUUCAAGAUGUGGAAUGAUAUUGAACUUCUGACAAAUGAUGAUACAGGCAGUGGCCGGUUAAACAUUGAGGCCAGAAAAGAGAGUGGUACAGCACUGUAUCAAGUGGAUACUAUAGUUAAAAUAUCCUCUUCGACAACGAUAACAGUCAGUCCCAAGCUUCAUGCGUUUUGCAGCUCUGAUGGUUGUGUGGUUGUUGUGGACCACUCAGUCUUGCUUUUGGACCAAAUUUGUCAAUCAGUACUGUUGCAGCUCCAGUUUGACACUGAUGUGGAUGUUGUAGCACUUUGUCAGGAAGGUCAAUUUCUGAUGGUUGGAGAAAGAAAUGGAAAUCUUCAUUUGCUACAUGUAAAGUCCAGACAGACACUCUUAACCAACUCAUUGAUGAAACACUCUUCAAAGGGAAAGACCUACCUGAGCCUUACCUUGGAGAAAGAAGCCCCUCAUUCAGGCUCCUACCAUAUGGUCCUGCUAACUCAUAACGGUUUCUUCUUGGUUUCAUGUCUUCAGCUUGCCAAACUUCAUCAAGCAAUUGAGAUAAUGGACUUUGAUACAACAAAAGCACUAAAGGAACAGAUCAAGAUCAAAUAUGUUCACACUGAGGAUAAACACACAGAUGGCUGUAACCAUGCAGUGAUUGACAGUUUCAAAAAUGUGAAACUGCUAGUUGGGGGCACAGGUGACUACAUACUAUCAACAUGGAACAUAACUGCGCUGAAAGAUCUAGAAGUCAACAAUAUGAUUGACUCAUCCAUACUGAAAGGUGUGAAGAAAUGUCAAAUUGUUGGGAGUGCAAUAUUUAUCUUGGAUGAUACUAAUUGUCUCAGUAUGUGGGAUGCAUAUGCUUUUGUUAUGGUCUGGUACUGGCCAUCAGUUCACAUCCAGGAUUUCUUGCUGACUGCAGAGGGAGAUUCUUCUGCCAUGAACAAACAAGGGAAUGCAAACCUGAAACUUGUAGCUCUGACAACUUCACUGAAUAAACAGAUGAGAAAUAUUAUGGUGUAUUCAUUUCCCACAAUGAAGCUACUAUACUCUCUAGAAGUAGCAGAUAUUGCAGCUCUGGUUCAAACUGAUAUUGGUCAGGAUUCAAUAUAUAUUUUGGAAGGAGUUUCUGAAAAUCAGAAAAGUUCACUUAAUGGAGUCAUUUCUACAAUAGCCAUGAGGUGCUUAACAGAAGCAUUGCCAGAAAACAGACUAAGUCGCCUGCUUUAUAAACACAAAUUUGAGGAAGCGGAGAGAUUUGCUAUUCAAUUUGCAUUGGAUGUUGAGCUUGUGUACAAAGUCAGGCUCAACAUAGCUUUGGAGAACCUAGCCUCAAGUUCCUUGGAAGCUCCCAAUCUAUCAACAUGGCAGAACACUGUUGAUGAGGCAAAAGCAGAUUUGCAUAAAGUACAGGAUGAUGAGUUUGUAGUGAAAUAUUGUCUGGAUGUUCCUUGGCCAACUUUUGAAAUAACUUUGGAAAUGUUAAAUUAUGCCAAAAAGCGGGUUCUAAAGAAAGAAGAUAAGAAGUUUCUUGGUUUGUCUGAGAAGCAAGCUUUGUGGCUGGUCGAGAUAUUGAGAGCGGAAGCACGGCUUACUACUUUUCAUGAAGCAUAUGGGCCUGGAAAGUUCAGUGGUGUUGCUUGGAUCAAGUUUGUAAACAAUGAAGACCUUUUUAAUGAUGUUCUGUUGCAGCUCCAGGAGGGAAAUCUGAAAUGUGCAGAAUAUAUUUGGUUAAGGCACCAGGUGGAGUUUGAAAACAAAUUUGAUUUGAAAAGACUCCAGAAUUUCUUAGAUUCUCUCCCUGCAAGUCUCCCUUCACAAGAACUGAGUCUCUGGUUCAGAAAUGUGAUAAUUCCCUUUGUGUUGAAGAUUGUUCCAGAGGGAAAGAAAAUUCUGGCAAAAUGGUUGGAACACAGAGCCCGGAGUCUUGAACUAACUGAGAAGGCAAACUGGCCAGAAAAUGGAUUGCGGAUGGCAGAACUGUACUUUGUAGCGAAAAAACCGAAUGAAUUUGAGCUUCUUACAGCUGGACUUUGGAUUCCAUUAAAAAAAGACAUGGAUUGCGAAGAAGUGUACCAGUUAAAGACAUUGGUUAAUAAUCUGCAGGAGCUUGUUGAUCUCCACAGAAAGUACAACUGCAGACUGGCGCUCUCAGAAUUUGAAAAAGAAACUACAGCGACAAUUGUAUUUCGCAUGUUGGAUAGGGUCCUGGCUCCAGAGCUGAUUCCAUCAACCCUUGAAAUGGUUAUACAGCCUUAUAUAGCCAAGCACAACUUACAAAAGGAAGAGCUGCUGUUGCAUUACAUAAAGGAUUUGCUAGAACGAUGCAGUUCACGUUCAGCCUCACUCUUUGAAACUGCAUGGGAGGCCAAAGCCAUGGCUGUACUAGGCUGUAUGACUGAAAUUGAUCUAAUCUUUGAUGCAGUGCUACAGAUAAUGUACGGAGCAGUAGUGCCUUGGAGCAAUGCAGUAGAACAACUUGUCAAACAGCAUUUGGAAAUGAAUCAUCCCAAGGUGAAAUUAUUGCAAGAAAGCUACAGGCUCAUGGAGAUGAAGAAAUUGUUAAGAGGGUAUGGAAUACGGAACAUUGACAUGUUCAAUGAUCAUGAGAUAAUGUGGUUGGUAAAGUUCAUCCUAAAACAGGACCAGUCAUCAUCAUUGGAUGAUGCUUUGAAAGUGGUUCAUGCCUACCUAUUGUCUCCAGUUGAAGUUUAUUUCCUCCACUUAAAACACUUAGCGUCCAAUGAUGAUCAAGAUAGCUGCCUGAAUUUGCUUAAGUGUCUUACAUUGGAGGAAGCUGAGAGCACCAUUAUGCGUUUAAUUACCUGGGCACAGGUGAAAAUCCAAACUCAGCCUGAACAUCCUGAGUGGAAAAAGCAUCUGGUGUCAAUUGCAAAGACAAUGGUGGCGAUGAUUAAAUUUUUGCUGAGGAGUCAAAAGGGAAAUACUUUACAAAAGGAAACCUACGAAAACCUUUUAAAUAAAUUUGAAACAAUUGCAAAUUUACAGGAGUACUUUGACACAUUUAUUUCUCUGAAAGAGUAUGAGAAUUCUAAAGUGCUUUUGAAAUUGUAUGAAGGCCAACUUCAAGCAUAUGCAAGUACAUGCUUUAACUUCAGUAUAGAAAAGGACCUAGAUUGUUCUCGUGGCUCAAACAUCAAUGUGAAGAUUCCUAUUGGGACCAAAUUAUACAAGUUGUCUCUCCUGUUCCAAAAUUCAGAACAAGAUAUAUUUUCGGAACUUGCAAUGAGGGCACUUUCUGAUGGGAAUAUAGGCGAGACAGUGAAUCUUUGCAGUGAACUCUAUGGGCAGCACAAAAACAGUAAGACUGGUCGAGUAUUGUUCCACGUGGCACAGAAAUUGUGUCAGAUGUUGGAGGCUAAUGUUCCCAUGAUCAUUCCAACUGGAAUGAACUUGCCUGCUGUGAUUUAUGAAUUGGCCUGCCAAGCCGUCACUAUCUGCAGCACUGAUAUUUUACUUGACUGCGAAGAAUUGUGUAAAAACACUCGUGCUGCUAUGGAUGUUUAUAGACAGUGCCUAAUUGAUGAUUAUGGAUUUAGAACAAAGGUGACAACUUUGGAAACUGACAAAGACCCCUACGAUGAGUGGACCUUUGAAGAUUACUUCACAGAAGAUGGCAUUGUUCUUGAUCACCUAUCAGUGAUGCCUGUGAUGUAUGAAAUUACAACUUCGUUUGUGUCCUAUUCUCCAGAUAAAAAACUCUAUCCAUUGGACUGCGUUGGCUUGCCAAUGCGCCCAAGUAUAGCAGGUGAGAACCCUUUGAAGCCAGUUUCGACGCCCAUGUCUAGCCUGCUGCAGAAUUUGCAAGAGUAUAGCCAAUUGCAGCUAGCUUUGCAGCUAACCAUCAACUCUUUUGGAUGCUGUCAUCAACAUUUAGUUUCGAACAACAUGAAUUUAAACUUGAGUAAAAAGCUUUUUGGGGGUCAAGACUUGAAGGAACUCAAAGAUUUCGUCAUUGACAUUGGAAAUAUGGCCUUUUCAAUUGUUAAAAAGAAUUCCCUGGCAUUGCUGCACAAGUUGUUUAACUAUCGUAUAGUUGACACUGACUUAGCACUGGCAUACUGCACAUUGUUACCAAAGAAUGUUGUAUUUGAGAAGCUGUGGACUUUCAUCAAUGAUGCGUGGCAAAAUUAUAACAAAAUUCUGGCAGUUGCUGUCGUUGGUGCUAAACUGGCUGAUUUGCUUCAGGAUGAGCAACAGAAAGAGAAGUUCAAUUCCUUAAUUGUUGAUACGGAAUGGUGUGUGAAGCUCAGUAAACUUGGAAUCUCAUUCCAGUCGACACUUCGAGAUAAUCCAGCAAAAAGAAAGGAAUGUGUUUAUGUCCUGGUGCAAAAUCCAAAUGUGAACUCCCAGCUAAUAAUGCAGUAUUGCAGUGCUUUUGGACUGAACAGUGACAUUGCACUGCAACUAUACAUAGAGACAUUUCUUCUGCAAGGCAUAAGUGGCCACCAUGGCAAAGAAGAGCCAGGAGGCAUAAAACAAUCCCCUGCUGAGCUUUUGGAAAGAGCUAUGGAAGUCUUGCCUUUAUUAAAAUAUAAAACUGACCUGGUCAUUAGUUUGAGCGGUACUUUACACAAGAUGGAUCCAUAUAACUAUGAAAUCAUUGAAAGUGCUUUAAAGAUUAUGAAAUUGGCGAAUGAACCUUCUAUGAAUUUUAACUUGGAUCAGGCUUUAAAUCUUUUACAACAUUUGUACUCCUACAAACGAAUUUCACCACCUGGGAACUUGGAACUUCAGUACCUCCAGAAGCAUUCAAUUGACCUUUCACCAAUGGCUGAGAGCAGAUUACCAUUCCACCCACUCUUCUUUGAAGCUGCUCAAAGAUUCUGGAGUAUAAUAUCUGCUGAACUCAGUGAGAAGACUUUUACUACUUUACUCUUGAUAUCUAAACUUAUGAAGGUAUCACUGGAUACACUUCAUAUGAAAGCAGUUGACCACGUACUUGCAAAAACGCUGAAACCUAAAGUACUUAAGCUGACAAAAGAAGCAUGUGUUUCUCAGCUAACAAAGGAAAUUGCCGAGACUGUAGAAAAUAUACAGUCAUACAUUUUGGCAAUUACAAAUCCUGAAUGGGCUACUGCUAGUUCGCAUCGGGUUGCUCAGGAACUUCCAACAGGCCCAGAGAAAAUCCAGGCCUUGAAAUUUUGUCUUCAAAUGUCUGAAAACUGGUUAAAAUCUACAGCACCAAUGGAAAAAGCCCGUCAAAAAGCCGAGGAUUCACUGAACAAAUUGCGAGUAGAAUAUGAGAAUUCAGCCACAGCAAACUUGCUAAGAAUCCACAACUUAAACAGCCCUGAGCAUCUGAAAUUAAUUAAACUGCCAGCUAAGCUAAUUUGCUCAUUAUAUGAGCACAGUAGCAUUGAAAACCGGCUAAAGAACCCAACUGCCAAGGACUAUCCAGAUAUUCAUGCUGUAGCUGGUGAACUUGCCGAAAUAAAUAAUCGAGAUGUCAAUAAAAUCAGAUUUACAUUGCUUGAAGAAUAUCUGUGUCCGCCAACAAAACCAGAUUUGAAUUCUAAAUCACAGGAUAUCUUUAAUGACAUGCAAGAAGAUCCAGCACUGAUGAGAGCUAUCUACCUACUUCAAAUAUACCCAGUUGACUACAGUGCAAAAUUACUUCUUAGUGUUGCAACAGGUUCAUCUUCUCCUUUUGGUGGUACCCAGUUGCCAUUUGCUCAUAGGAGCCGUGCUUUGCAGUGUCUUCUUCAUAUUGCAGACAGUGAAACGAUAGCAAGGAUCAGUCAGCAAUCUAUUGAGGAAGUCAAGUGUUACCUGAAGUAUUGCAUUUAUUUGGCUGAAUUUGAAGUCUUGAACAUACCAUACACCAUUGAAUCAUUCCACAGCAGUCCCAAAGAAGGGAUGAUUAAAGGCUUAUGGAAGAACCACAAUCAUGAGCCUAGGGCUGUUAGAUUAGUUACUGAAUUGAGUUUGGAGUACAUGGUGUAUGACCUGCAACUAUGGAAUGGUAUACUGCAGAAACUGCUUGCUUUUAACAUGGUCAACUACUUGAGGAAGGUUCUAGUAGCAAUCACCGCGAUACUCCCUUUGUGGCAGAUUCCGAAUUUUACCAGAGCGUGGCGUAGUGUGAUUCUUGCACCGUUUCUUUCAGCUUCAUGUCCUCUGAGUCCAAAGCAAUUGGAGACUUGUUAUGAGUCAUUUGUGCUCUUGAUCAAGUGUCCUAUUUUACUUGACCUUGACCUUAUUGGCAUUGCAAAGCAAUAUGUACAGCUGGAGUUGUUGCCCUUUGCUCUGGGUUGUCUGCUGCUUAUCCCUUAUUCUGAGAAAAGGCAACAGCAAAUACAGGGAUUCCUUUUGUCAGCUGAUCCUGUUACCCUCUUGCAGCAAGUUAUCGAUCACAUGACAACAGGAGAGGUGGCAGGGUAUGCAUCCAAGAUUAAAGACUUGGCAUUGGAAAGAAUUGCAGACAAAAAACAGUAUGAGAAGCUUAUUGGGACAAAGCUGUUUCCUUUACUGAAGCAACACAUGAUUGACAACAAACAAGUGGAAGAAUUAGCACAUUACCUUAUAGAUAGGAGCUGCCUAGAUGAUACUAUCUCUGUGGUAACUGAAUAUCUAAGGUAUGAAGGAAGACACAUCAAACCAAACCUUUCUCCAGCUGAAAUUAUAAAGGAAUUUCUUCAGGAAUAGAAGUAGAACGACUAGUCAACAUGCUACCAUAAUAAGAAUAUUUUUUGUCUUCCUAUGGAAAGAUAUCUUUAUGGAAAGUUAUAUCAGCAUUCUGCCAUUUAUUAUUUAAUCAUCCUUGCGUAUGUUCCAAUAUUAAAUAUAUAUAUGUUAGCUUUCUUCUAAAUAGUUUCACUUCUGGGAAAAAACAUAAAGGUUGUGAAAGGUAAAUGUCGUAGCCCUCCAACCGGCAUGGACUGGAUUUCCACUGAGUCUGAAAUUGAUCCGUCUGUACUAAGUUUAAUGCUCCGAGCUAGGUGCCAGUAUAGAUAAUGUUCUUCAUUUCCAACCAAGGGAAGGGAAAAUCAACAAGGUUCCUGUUUCUAUUUGUUAUCCGAUUAUUUUCUAGUGACCAAGUUCUCCUGAGGCAAAGUUAGUGUUGAUGAGUCCUGCCUAUAAUCACAUAGGCUACAUACAUCCUCUGGAGGUGUAUGCAGAAUUACCACCUGGAUAAUGUACCUGAUGACAUCUGACACGUGUAGCACAUAAACCUCUUUCCAAAAUUGGCAUCUUGAGGAGUUAAUGCACUUGUGUUCCAUCAACCCAAUUACUGUUUAUCUAACUUGUUUUAGUGCUGCAUAACUGCACAGCUACCAACUUUCCGUAAAUCAUUUGUGCAUGCAAACUCUGUCAACUGAAAUUGCUCCCGAUCUGCAGUGUAUCUAUUUGACAUUAUAGUUGGUCAGCCAUGUGCAAACUUUGAAAAGUACAUGGAAAAUAACUCCAGAAAUGUUUCACUUGUCUCUGCAGGUUAUCCAGAUCAUGAUUAUCCAGCACUCAAACCGUUUAUCUUUCUGAAACAUUUUAAGACCAGUGAAAUAGAAAAAUAAUAGAAAAAAAUUAAAAUAUUGUAAACUAGCUUCCUUUUUCUUUGUUUCACAAUAAAGAUUUAAUGCACUCAAAACAAGUUACAAUGUUAAAAUGUACUUUUACUGUUAUCAUUUGUAUUUUGAAACAAUUUGCAAUGGCAACUGUACAAUGUUA